CGAAACCGGAAGCCCAGCUAGCACGGAGGUUGGCGCGAUCAAUUUUCUGAUUCUGGGAAGUUGUUGCUAAAGAUAAAACGAACACUUGCAGAAUGGGUACCGAGCAACAUGGCAAGAAAGUCCAAUGCGUACUUUGUCAAACGUCCGAAGAGAAUCCGACAACUGGACCGCUAUCGACAAAAGGUUCUGUCACCGCUCAUGAAAACUGCUUGGUAAGAUUUUAAAAGGCGUUAUAACCAGGGCCUGGAGUUUCUGUUAUUCCAGCUACGCGGGUCAUUUAGCUUUGGGCGAAGAUUUUGGUACUGGUAGGCUAGCAAAGAUAACUUUCUUGAAGGAACUAAAACGAGUCAAUCAAGUUAGAAUAUUAGUAUUUAACAAGGUUUCCCAAACUCAGUGCACGUUUUGGUUUUUGCCCUAGCACUACACAGCUGAUAAAAAUAAUAUAAUUUCAAUCAGCUAUGUAGUCUUACCUUGGGGUCAAGAGGACCGAGUUUGGGAAACGCUGAGCUAACAAUCUGUGGUAAACCCAGUUGACAGUGUGGCCAAAGAGUUUAUAAACCCAGAGGAGCAACAUCGCGAGACUUCCGGGAACGCUUGCGAAACAGACCCGUUUGGGAAGUAAAUUUGGUGUACUGUAUUCGUAAAUUCACUCUGGGGUGCGUUCGUAAUUUCAGAGUAUUGUCAGAUUGUCCAUUCGUAAAUUCAACAUUUCGUUCAGAGCGCACACCUUUCUCAAUCCUAAAGCACAACCUAGAUUCGAGCCAUUGUCUUAGUUGAACAUGUUGUUACUCCAACCUCGUGAAAGUGACAAACUGACACGUUUACAUUCUUGUAAAACAAAAAACUUCAUAUCGAAGGAGUGCAUUUGAUUUGACGGCGUGCACAUGCGCGAGACGACCGUUAUGCCUUUGCUAGCCAACGUCGCAAUGACAUCGCCUACAAGCGUGAUCGGGGUUUUCUAUUGGGGAAGCCGUUUUAGCCUAUCUUCAUACUGUACUGUCUUUGGUGGCGCACUAUAGGAGACCACUAAAGGACACCUUUACAGAUAAGAUAGGCUGCAUGGCUUUGUGGUUUACUUUCCCAUUUAAAUUCUCAAUGCAGUUAGCCCUAGGCAAAGGUCUUCUCUGGCCUAGGCUGGAGAUGUGGGCCAGUUAGUUGGGGGUAAUACUGAGCGAUUAACCUUUUUUUUCCCUCUUUUUUUCGGUUAUUAAACAACUAAUUGAAUUACUUGAACUCCAUUUGAACUCCAUUUAGUUAGUUUUUUUGUGAUCCCAACGCGCCUGUUCUCUAGAGAGAAAUCAAAUCAUUCACGAGAGAAAUCAACUCAAUAAUUACAUUAUGUGGGACGCUGGGCUGAAUGGAGUUUUCAUGAAGCAAAUAUUCAAUUUAGUUCAGCGCAAACGUGGUAAUUCACUACAAUGACCAAAAUCCAUUGCGCCUGUUUUUUUUUUUGGUUCGUCACUAGUUACCACAGCCACAAAGUCCUAAACCCCGCCUACUACAUUAUGUUGGAUACACACAGACCACAUGAGAGAGGAAUGUACACAAGACAAGGACGAGACAGAGGGUUAGACAGUUCGUGAAAGUAUGCCUUAUCAUCUUUGAAGAACUAGUCAAAUGUUAUUGACAGAGAGCUCUGCAGCUAGCCAAGCUGAAUAGGAUGACUGAAGACAGGACAGUAUGGGGAGCACAGCGCUAACGUUGUCUGGCUGGCUAAAGACAGGACAGUAUGGGGAGCACAGCGCUAACGUUGUCUGGCUGGCUAAAGACAGGACAGUAUGGGGAGCACAGCGCUAACGUUGUCUGGCUGGCUAAAGACAGGACAGUAUGGGGAGCACAGCGCUAACGUUGUCUGGCUGGCUAAAGACAGGACAGUAUGGGGAGCACAGCGCUAACGUUGUCUGGCUGGCUAAAGACAGGACAGUAUGGGGAGCACAGAGAUAAAGUUAAAAUCAAAUAAGAUUUGAUUUGUCACGUGCCGAAUACAACCGGGGAAGACCUUAACAUGAAAUGUUUACUUACAAGCCCUUAACCAACAAUGCAGUCUUAAGAAAAUAGAGUUAAGAAAAUAUUUACUAAAUAAACUAAAGUAACACAAAAAAAAAAUAACAAUAACGAUGCUAUAUAUAACCUUAGGGGGUCCCGGUACCGAUUCAAUGUGCAGGGGUACAGGUUAGUCGAGGUAAUUUGUACAUGUAGGUAGGGGUAAAGUGACUAUGCAUAGAUAAUAAACAGUGAGUAGCAGCAGUGUGAAAACAAACGGGGGGGGGGGGGUCAAUGUAAAUAGUCCGGGUGGCCAAUUGAUUAAUUGUUCAGCUGACUUAUGGCUUGGGGGUAGAAGCUAUUAAGGAGCCUUUUGGACCUAGGCUUCGUGCUCCAGUACCGCUUGCCGUUUGGUAGCAGAGAGAACAGUCUAUGACUUGGGUGACUGGAGUCUUUGACAAUUUAUUUGGCCUUCCUGUGACACCGCCUAGUAUAGAGGUCCUGGGUGGCAGGAAGCUUGGCCCCAGUGAUGUACUGGGCCAUACGCACUACCCUCUGUAGCGCCUUAUGGUCGGAUGCCGAGCAGUUGCCAUACCCGGCGGUGAUGCAACCGGUCAGGAUGCACUCGAUGGUGCAGCAGUAGAGCUUUUUGAGGAUCUGGGGACCCAUGCCAAGUCUUUUCAGUCUCCUGAGGGGUAAUCGGCAUUGUCGUGCCCUCUUCAUGACUGUCUUGGUGUGUUUGGACCAUGAUAGUUUGUUGGUGAUGUGGACACCAAGGAACUUUAAACUCUUGACCCACUCCACUACAGCCCCGUCGAUGUGAAUGGGGGCGUGUUCGGCCCUCCUUUUCCUGUUGUCCAUGAUCAGCUCCUUUGUCUUGCUCACGUUGAGGGGAGAGGUUGUUGUCCUGGCACCACACUGCCAUGUCUCUGACCUCCUCCCUAUAGGCUGUCUCAUCGUUGUCGGUGAUCAGGCCUACCACCGUUGUCGUCAGCGAACUUAAUGAUGGUGUUGGAGUCGUGCUUGGCCACGCAGUCGUGGGUGAACAGGGAGUACAGGAGGGGACUAAGCACGCACCCUUGAGGGGCCACUGUGUUGAGGAGCAGCGUGGCAGAUGUUGUUGCCUACCUUUACCACCUGGGGGCGGCCCGUCAGGAAGUCCAGGAUCGAGGGAGGUGUUUAGUCCCAGGGUCCUUAGCUUAGUGAUGAGCUUUGUGGGCACUAUGGUGUUGAACGCUGAGCUGUAGUCAAUGAACAGCAUUCACACAUAGGUAUUCCUUUUGUCCAGGUGGGAAAGGGCAGUGUGGAGUGCAAUUGAGAUUGCGUCAUCUGUGGAUCUGUUGGGGCGGUAUGCAAAUUGGAGUGGGUCUAGGGUUUCUGGGAUAAUGGUGUUGAUGUGAGAUGACCAGCCUUUCGAAGCACUUCAUGGCUACAGACGUGAGUGCUACGGGUUGGUAGUCAUUUAGGCAGGUUACCUUAGUGUUCUUGGGCACAGGUGGUCUGCUUGAAACAUGUAGGUAUUACAGACUCGGUCAGGGAGAGGUUGAAAAUGUCAGUGAAGACACUUGCCAGUUGGUCCGCGCAUGCUCUGAGAACACGUCCUGGUAAUCCGUCUGGCCCUGUGGCCUGGUGAAUGUUGACCUGCUUAAAAGUCUUACUCACAUCAGCUACGGAGAGCUGUUUGGCUGCUACUGUCUGAGCAGAGAUGAGAUGGCAUGACUUUAAGGAAUUAAAAAUAAUAAAGUCAUCAAAUAAAAACAAAGUAAUAUACAAAACUGUCUUCCCCACGGUUUCCCAAACUCUGUAGUUAUUUGAAUCAGCUGUGUAGUGCUAGGGCAAAAACCAAAACGUGCACCCAGGGGGGACCCCAGGACCAAGUUUGGGAAACCCUGCAUUAGCGGAGAAAAAUAUUCAUCAGCAGAGCAGGGAGAAAAAAAAACCCCACACCAAAACAUCUUCCUGCGGCCAUGCAUGGUUUAUGAGUUUAGUACAACUGUCAUACCCCAUCAGAACCCCAAAAAUAACAUCUAUUUCAUUGUUUGUUUGUAAACAAUUUAAUUGUAAACAAACACUGUAUAGCUUCAAACAUGGUUAAAACUAUAAUUUUGAUAUCAUGGAUGGUCAGUCCUCGCAUCCACAGCUCUGUCUAUGAAUUUGAUUGCUUACAUAACACUUAGGCCUAUGUUAUGUGUUUUUGGUGUGUUUUAUUUGGAUACAUGUUAUGUAACCAAUCAAAUUCAUAGAUGGAGCUAUCGAUGCAAGGACUGACCAUCUAUGAGAAUCCCAGAUUGUUGUUUGAAUCCCAGAUUGCCCCUUUAACUCUCUGCUUUUCCAUGUGUUGUCUGAAUGGCAGCUGUAUUCAUCUGGGAUUAUUUGCCAGAACUCGCCAGAGUUUGACGACUUGUUUGGUUUCUCUGAGGAAGAUGUCCUUAAGGAGAUAAAAAGGGGAAACAGACUGGUGAGGUUCUUUUAUUGUUUCCCUUGGCUGUUUGAAUGUUUCCCUUGGUUGUUUGAAUGUUUCCCUUGGUUGUUUGAUGGUUGUUUGAAUGUUUCUCUUGGUUGUUUGAUGGUUGUUUGAAUGUUUCCCAUGGUUGUUUGUAUGUUUCCAUUGGUUGUUUGAACGUUGUAGGAAGGAAUUAAGUCUAACUGUUUUAGUCGGAUCCUCUAGUUAUGUCUGAUGUUUAGUUAUCUAAUGUAGCCUUUACAAAGCAAACUGCUACUUACUGUACUGUUUCUCCAACCCAGAUUUGCUACAGAUGUAAGAAGAAGGGUGCCACGGUGGGAUGUGAGGUGAAACGCUGUAAGAAGUCCUACCACUACCCCUGCGCUGUGCGAGACGGGGCCCAAAACGUUGAUGACCAUAGAGAAGAGAAGUUUACGUUAGUGCAAGGCACAACGUCUUUUCUUCCUAACAACUAUGAAAUAUAUUUUUGAACUUCAUUGCAAAUGAGAGGUGGUUCUUAACUGACCAACUUGAAGGGAUACUUUGGGAUUUUGGCAAUGAAGCCCUUUAUGUUAUUUAUUUAUUUAGUAGAACGUUUGCGGGAUGAAAUCUUUUGAGAUGCACCAUCUCGUUUUCAAGUGUCCAAAUGAAAUAACCGAAACAAACAAUACUUACAGUUGAAGUCGGAAGUUUACAUACACUUAUAGUGGGGAGAACAAGUAUUUGAUACACUGCCGAUUUUGCAGGUUUUCCUACUUACAAAGCAUGUAGAAGUCUGUAAUUUGUAUCAUAGGUACACUUCAACUGUGAGAGACGGAAUCUAAAACAAAAAUCCAGAAAAUCACAUUGUAUGAUUUUUAAGUAAUGAAUUUGCAUUUUAUUGCAUGACAUAAGUAUUUGAUACAUCAGAAAAGCAGAACUUAAUAUUUGGUACAGAAACCUUUGUUUGCAAUUACAGAGAUCAUACGUUUCCUGUAGGUCUUGACAAGGUUUGCACACAUUGCAGCAGGGAUUUUGGCCCACUCCUCCAUACAGACCUUCUCCAGAUCCUUCAGGUUUCGGGGCUGUCGCUGGACAAUACGGACUUUCAGCUCCCUCCAAAGAUUUUCUAUUGGGUUCAGGUCUGGAGACUGGCUAGGCCACUCCAGGACCUUGAGAUGCUUCUUACGGAGCCACUCCUUAGUUGCCCUGGCUGUGUGUUUCGGGUCGUUGUCAUGCUGGAAGACCCAACCACGACCCAUCUUCAAUGCUCUUACUGAGGGAAGGAGGUUGUUGGCCAAGAUCUCGCGAUACAUGGCCCCAUCCAUCCUCCCCUCAAUACGGUGCCGUCGUCCUGUCCCCUUUGCAGAAAAGCAUCCCCAAAGAAUGAUGUUUCCACCUCCAUUCUUCACGGUUGGGAUGGUGUUCUUGGGGUUGUACUCAUCCUUCUUCUUCCUCCAAACACGGUGAGUGGAGUUUAGACCAAAACGCUCAAUUUUUGUCUCAUCAGACCACAUGACCUUCUCCCAUUCCUCCUCUGGAUCAUCCAGAUGGUCAUUGGCAAACUUCAGACGGGCCUGGACAUGCGCUGGCUUGAGCAGGGGGACCUUGCGUGCGCUGCAGGAUUUUAAUCCAUGACGGCGUAGUAUGUUACUAAUGGUUUUCUUUGAGACUGUGGUCCCAGCUCUCUUCAGGUCAUUGACCAGGUCCUGCCGUGUAGUUCUGGGCUGAUCCCUCACCUUCCUCAUGAUCAUUGAUGCCCCACAAGGUGAGAUCUUGCAUGGAGCCCCAGACCGAGGGUGAUUGACCGUCAUCUUGAACUUCUUCCAUUUUCUAAUAAUUGCGCCAACAGUUGUUGCCUUCUCACCAAGCUGCUUGCCUAUUGUCCUGUAGCCCAUCCCAGCCUUGUGCAGGUCUACAAUUGUAUCCCUGAUGUCCUUACACAGCUCUCUGGUCUUGGCCAUUGUGGAGAGGUUGGAGUCUGUUUGAUUGAGUGUGUGGACAGGUGUCUUUUAUACAGGUAACGAGUUCAAACAGGUGCAGUUAAUACAGGUAAUGAGUGGAGAACAGGAGGGCUUCUUAAAGAAAAACUAACAGGUCUGUGAGAGCCGGAAUUCUUACUGGUUGGUAGGUGAUCAAAUACUUAUGUCAUGCAAUAAAAUGCAAAUUAAUUACUUAAAAAUCAUACAAUGUGAUUUUCUGGAUUUUUGUAGAUUCUGUCUCUCACAGUUGAAGUGUACCUAUGAUAAAAAAUUACAGACCUCUACAUGCUUUGUAAGUAGGAAAACCUGCAAAAUCGUCAGUGUAUCAAAUACUUGUUCUCCCCACUGUAGGUUGGAGUCAUUAAAACUUGUUUUUCAACCACUCCACACUUUUCUUGUUAACAAACUAUAGUUUUGGCAAGUCAGUUAGGACAUCUACUUUGUAACACAAGUAAUUUUUCCUACCUUCAAACUCAGUGCCUCUUUGCUUGACAUCAUGGGGAAAUCAAAAGAGACCUCAGAAAAAGAAUUGUAGACCUCCACAAGUCUGGUUCAUCCUUGGGAGCAAUUUCCAAACGCCUGAAGGUACCACGUUCAUCUAUACAAACAAUAGUACGCAAGUAUAAACACCAUGGGACAACGCAGCCGUCAUACCGCUCAGGAAGGAGACGCGUUCUGUCUCCUAGAGAUGAACGUACUUUGGUGCGAAAAGUGCAAAUCAAUCCCAGAACAACAGCAAAGGACCUUGUGAAGAUGCUGGAGGAAACAGGUACAAAAGUAUCUAUAUCCACAGCAAAACGAGUCCUAUAUCGUCAUAACCUGAAAGGCCACCCCGCAAGGAAGAAGUCACUGCUCCAAAACCGCCAUAAAAAAGCCAGACUACGGUUUGCAACUGCACAUGGGGACAAAGAUCGUACUUUUUGGAGAAAUGUCCUCUGGUCUGAUUAAACAAAAAUAGAACUGUUUGGCCAUAAUGACAAUCGUUAUGUUUGGAGGAAAAAGGGGGACGCUUGCAAGCCGAAGAACACCAUCCCAACCGUGAAGCAAGGGGGUGGCAGCAUCAUAAAUUAAAAUAAAAUAGCACCUGUGGGGGUGCUUGGCUGCAGGAGGGACUGGUGCACUUCACAAAAUAGAUGGCAUCACGAGGAAGGAAAAUUAUGUGGAUAAAUUGAAGCAACAUCUCAAGACAUCAGUCAGGAAGUUAAAGCUUGGUCGCAAAUGGGUCUUCCAAAUGGACAAUGACCUCAAGCAUACUUCCAAAGUAGUGGCAAAAUGGCUUAAGGACAACAAAGUCAAGGUAUUGGAGUGGCCAUCACAAAGCCCUGACCUCAAUCCUAUAGAACAUUUGUGGGCAGAACUGAAAAAGCGUGUGCGAGUAAGGAGGCCUACAAACCUGACUCGGUUACACCAGCUCUGUCAGGAGAAAUGCGCCAAAAUUCACCCAACUUAUUGUGGGAAGCUUGUGGAAGGCUACCCGAAACGUUUGACCCAAGUUAAACAAUUUAAAGGCAAUUCUACCAAAUACUAAUUGAGUGUAUGUAAAUAUCUGACCCACUGGGAAUUUGAUGAAAGAAAUAAAAGCUGAAAUAAAUAAUUCUCUACUAUUACUCUGACAUUUCACAUUCUUAAAAUAAAGUGGUGAUCCUAACUGACCUAAGACAGGGAAUUUUUACUAGGAUAAAUGUCAGGAAUUGUGAAAAACUAAGUUUAAAUGUAUUUGGCUAAGGUCUAUGUAAACUUCCAACUUCAACUGUAUCUACUUCCCCAGAGUCAGAUGAAGUCAUGGAUACAAUUUUUAGUGCAAUUUGAAGGAAGUUGCAAACUAACGUUAGAGCAAUUGAUAACUAGGGUUAGCGCAUUGAGUUACAUUUUUACAUAACAUUUUUUAGUCAUUUAGCAUACGCUCUUAUCCAGAGCGACUUACAGUUAGUGAGUGCAUACAUUUUUCAUACUGGCCUCCCGUGAGAAUCGAACCCACAACCCUGGCGUUGCAAACGCCAUGCUCUACCAACUGAGCUACACGGGGCCUGAGUUACCAUAGACUUCCAGUCAUUGCGCUAACGCUAGUUAGCAUUGGCUAGCAAAACUACCUCUAACUUCCUUCAUACUGGAUGCAGAGACAUAAAAAUGGUAUCCAUGAGUUCAUCUAACUCUGGGGAAGUAGAGGUCAUGACCAUGUUAUUGAAUGGGGCUCUAUGACUGUAUCUCUGUGUUUUACAGGUUGUACUGUCAGAAGCAUCAUCCGGAGAUAGCAGGUGAGGCGGCUGUUAGGAGUUUUAUGUGUCCAUCUGGUUCAUGCCUGUAGGCUACCUGAGUAACUGUUACUAUAGCAGAAAUCAAUGAGUUGUCAUUCCCAAUAUAUAUCUGGAUGUGUUUAGUUGAUUAAAUACCUAUUAGUCCAUCAGGGCAAAUCUUCCUGGCUUUGUACACAAACACGCUGCCUCUGCCGGUCCAACUUGCAGUUCCAGCAAAAAGCUAUAAGUUAAUGAGGUGCUUCUUUUACUUUUUGUUGAGGGUUGUUUCUGUCUCAACACAGCAACCAAUGGAACAGUGAGUAGAGCAUUGUCUUUCAACGGGGAUUCAAACACAGAGGUGAACAACAAUGGAGAAACGUCACCCAAGGUCUGUGUUCCACUGAUUGUACUGUAAUAACACACAUACAGGACAAUUAUGGAAUGGAUAGUUAACAGCUAGGCCUAUAUAUGACUGAUUACCUGGUCACUAUCCCCGUCCGCUGGCCAUCAUUGAACCACAUCAUCCAGCUAAAGGCUGAGAAGCAAACACAACUAAAUUAAUCAAUUUCCGUUCCCAUUUCCAGCUGUUUUGUCUCGUCUGUGAGAAGAAAGAGGAAAGCGUCAGUCUAGAACACAUCGAUAGUGGCAUUGUCAAGUGAGUAUGAGGAGGAGUUUUUAAUUCCAAAACCAUUAUCUUUGCUUUUUCAUUUCUAUCAUUGAUGUCAGUACAGUGCUUUAUUAUGUAGUUGUGAGAGCCUGGCGUGUCUGUCUCUGUCACUUAGGCCAUAUUGUGAAAAGCAUGAACUACAGUCGUUGCAGAAAGAGCUGGAUGGUAAGUAAUUUAUCUCCAAUGACUCACACCAACAUGGACUUGACUUCUCCUUUGGUUGUGUUUCCAUGUAGUUUAAAGAUCAGAUUUAUAGUUUAGAAAUGUAUGUUUCAAUUCUAAAGGACUUGAUGCAGUGGCAGGACCCUCAUCUCACAAUAGUGACUCCAACAUGUCUAGUAAACGACGGCAGAAACAAACACCCAAGGUGUGUAUUUAGCUGUUGAGAAGGGAUGUAAACUCAGCAAAAAAAGAAGUGUCCCUUUUUGAGGACCCUGUCUUUCAAUGAUAAUUCGUAAAAAUCCAAAUAACUUCACAGAUCUUCAUUGUAAAGGGUUUAAACACUGUUUCCCAUGCUUGUUCAAUGAACCAUAAACAAUUAAUGAACAUGCACCUGUGGAACGGUCGUUAAGACACUAACAGCUUACAGACGGUAGGCAAUUAAGGUCACAGUUAUGAAAACUUAGGACACUAAAGAGGCUUUUCUACUGACUCUGAAAAACACCAAAAGAAAGAUGCCCAGGGUCCCUGCUCAUCUGCGUGAAUGUGCCUGAGGACUGCAGAUGUGGCCAGGGCAAUAAAUUGCAAUGUCCGUACUGUGAGAUGCCUAAGACAGCACUACAGGGAGACAGGACGGACAGCUGAUCGUCCUCGCAGUGGCAGACCACGUGUAACAACACCUGCACAGGAUCGGUACAUCCGAACAUCACACCUGCGGGACAGGUACAGGAUGGCAACAACAACUGCCCAAGUUACACCAGGAACGCACAAUCCCUCCAUCAGUGCUCAGACUGUCCGCAAUAGGCUGAGAGAGGCUAGACUGAGGGCUUGAAGGCCUGUUGUAAGGCAGGUCCUCACCAGACAUCACGGGCAACAACGUCGCCUAUGGGCACAAACCCACCGUCGCUGGACCAGACAGGACUGGCAAAAAGUGCUCUUCACUGACGAGUCGCGGUUUUGUCUCACCAGGGGUGAUGGUCGGAUUCACAUUUAUCGUCAAAGGAAUGAGCGGGAUCGAUUUGGAGGUGGAGGGUCCGUCAUGGUCUGGGGCGGUGUGUCACAGCAUCAUCGGACUGAGCUUGUUGUCAUUGCAGGCAAUCUCAACACUGUGCAUUACAGGGAAGACAUCCUGCUCCCUCAUGUGGUACCCUUCCUGCAGGCUCAUCCUGACAUGACCCUCCAGCAUGACAAUGCCACCAGCCAUACUGCUCGUUCUGUGCGUGAUUUCCUGCAAGACAGGAAUGUCAGUGUUCUGCCAUGGCCAGCGACGAGCCCGGAUCGCAAUCCCAUUGAGCACGUCUUGGACCUGUUGGAUCGGUGGGUGAGGGCUAGGGCCAUUCCCCCCAGAAAUGUCCAGGAACUUGCAGGUGCCUUGGUGGAAGAGUGGGGUAACAUCUCACAGCAAGAAGUGGCAAAUCUGGUGCAGUCCAUGAGGAGGAGAUGCACUGCAGUACUUAAUGCAGCUGGUGGCCACACCAGAUACUGAUUCAGGGACACAUUAUUCCACUUCUGUUAGUCACAUGUCUGUGGAACUUGUUCAGUUUAUGUCUCAGUUGUUGAAUCUUGUUAUGUUCAUACAAAUGUUUCCACAUGUUAAAUUUGCUGAAAAUAAACGCAGUUGACAGUGAGAGGACGUUUUCUUUUUUUGCUGAGUUUAUAUCUUCAGUAAAGAAAGUCACGUAAUAUGCUCAUGUAAUCAUAUAUGGUAAUAUAAUAGUGAAUCGUAAUCUCUUUGCUUUUGCUGUUGAAACAGAGACGGUUGAGCUCCUCUAGCACGUAAGUAUGGAAUUCAUGUAUGCAUGUCAUAGUUGGGUGGACUGUUUCUUGGAUGCUGUCCAGUUGACCUAGUCCAUGAGCUAGGGGGUUCGGUUUGGGGUGACAAUUAUGUCUCAUAGUGAUUUUAUUUGAUGUCCCUAAAGUAGGAAAAUGUGUGAUAGCAUUCCAGCAAUGGUAGCUUUCUGUGUGUUAACACUUUAUUCAAUCCUUCCAUCCCAUUCAUCUUUGCUCCUUAAUUUCUAUCAUUGAUGUCAGUACAGUGCUUUAUUAUGUAGUUGUGAGAGCCUGGCGUGUCUGUCUCUGUCACUUAGGCCAUAUUGUGAAAAGCAUGAACUACAGUCGUUGCAGAAAGAGCUGGAUGGUAAGUAAUUUAUCUCCAAUGACUCACACCAACAUGGACUUGACUUCUCCUUUGGUUGUUUCCUUGUAGUUUAAAGAUCAGAUUUGUAAUUUAGAAAUGUAUGUUUCAAUUCUAAAGGACUUGAUGCAGUGGCAGGACCCUCAUAUCACAAUAGUGACUCCAACAUGUCUAGUAAACGACGGCAGAAACAAACACCCAAGGUGUGUAUUUAGCUGUUGAGAAGGGAUGCAUAUCUUCAGUAAAGAAAAUCACGUAAUAUGCUCAUGUAAUCAUAUAUGGUAAUAUCACAGUGAACUGCAAUCUCUUUGCUUUUGCUGUUGAAACAGAGACGGUUGAGCCCAUCUAGCACGUAAGUAUUGAAUUCAUGUAUGCAUGUCAUAAUUGGGUGGUCUGUUUCUUUGAUGCUGACCAGCCCUGUUCUGUUUCACGUUUUGAGUGCAUGUAGCUUUAUUAACAUUCUUUGCUGUCAAAAAGUUAAAUAUGUAAAUAUGUCUCUUUAAUUCUCUGGGCACUAUUUUUCUGAACACUGCUCAAGUUGUUACUUUUUUCUGUCACAGACAGGAAGUGAAAUCAUCAAAAAAGAGGAUACAGGAGGAUUUCUCAGACUCAGGUUACUUUAUUGUUCCAGUAGGCUCCCUUUUCAUUAUCUUGAUUAUUGUCGAUUUAUAUUUAUACUGAAAAUAUAUAUAUAAAUGCAACAAUUUCAAUGUUUUAUUGAGUAACAGUUCAUAUAAGGAAAUCAGUCAAAACUUGAGCAAAUUUUUGUGGCCUUUUAUUGUCCCCAGCACAAGGUGCACUUGUGUAAUGAUCAUGCUGUUUAAUCAGCUUCUUGAUAUACCACACCUGCCAGCUGGAUGUAUUAUCUUGGCAAAGGAGAAAUGCUCACUAACAGGGAUGUAAACACAUUUGUACACAAAAUAUGAGAGAAAUAAGCUUUUUGUGCAUAUGAAAUAUUUCUGGGAUCUUUUAUUUCAGCUCAAGAAACAUGGAACCAACACUUUACAUGUUGCAUUUAUAUUUUUGUUUUUACAAAGACAUCAGUGAUGCAUUGCAUUGAUUAGUAUUUUUGUAUGUUCUGUAACAGACGGAGAUGAGAAUGGAAUUGACAUGGAGUUAGCCCCUUUGGAGUCUGAUCUAGAAGACAGUGUCAACUCUGAACACAGGUAAUGGUGAUGGUGCUCUAGUCUGGUGUGAAUAAAACUACUUUCAUGUUUAGUCUGAUGGGCAUAAAAACCCAAUCAUGAGACAUGUUAUCUUUUCAGUGUUGAGGCGGUUCCUGUGUAGGCCAAAUAUUAUAGAAAGGGAGGGAGGGAGAUAACAGUUGCCUGCCUCUGUAGUGUACAGUGACGUUAGAAAAAUAAUAUUGCUCUCUUACUUCACAGAAAUCAUGCUGAGGCUCCCACCACAGGUAAACAUGUCAGGGUACACAUUUACACACAACACAUUGCCAGGAGGUUUAAUAUCAAACCUGAUAAUAUCAAAACCACUGUUUUCCGCAGGAAGUCAGCCAGAACCUGAAAACGGAGACAAUAGCGAUAGUGAUACAGUCAUAGACUCAGUGAGUUACACAACACUCUUGACUAUUCUUAUCCAACACUUCCUGUGGCAUUACUGUGUCUCUGUCCUGGUCCUAAACCAUUGGUUUGAUCAUUACUGUGUCUCUGUCCUGGUCCUAAACCAUUGGUUUGAUCAUUACUGUGUCUCUGUCCUGGUCCUAAACCAUUGGUUUGAUCAUUACUGUGUCUCUGUCCUGGUCCUAAACCAUUGGUUUGAUCAUUACUGUGUCUCUGUCUUGGUCCUAAACCAUUGGUUUGAUCAUUACUGUGUCUCUGUCCUGGUCCUAAACCAUUGGUUUGAUCAUUACUGAGUCUCUGUCCUGGUCCUAAACCAUUGGUUUGAUCAUUACUGUGUCUCUGUCUUGGUCCUAAACCAUUGGUUUGAUCAUUAUUUGGUUUGAUUGACCAUUGGAAUGAUCAUCAUUUGGGGUCCCGAGUGGCGCAGCGGUCUAAGGCACUGCAUCUCAGUGCUUGAGGCGUCACUACAGACCCCCUCGUUCGAUUCCAGGCUGUAUCACAACCGGCCGUGAUUGGGAGUCCCAUAGGGCGGCGCACAAUUGGCCCAGCGUCGUCCAGGUUUGGCCGGUGUAGGCCGUCAUUGUAAAUAAGAAUUUGUUCUUAACUGAUUUGCCUAGUUAAAUAAAAUUUAAAUAAAAUACAAUUAUUGUGUCUCUAUCCAGGACGCUGUGUCCCAGAGUCUGUUGCUGCCAGUGGCGUCUGAAGAACCCUCUCAGGGCACAAACCUCUCAGGUAGAUACUCACCUCCUACACUCCUUACUUACUAUCCCUACUGAUCAGUUUAGUCUUGGAAAAGCUUUUGAUAAUGUAGCCGUUUUCUAUUCUCUCCUCUCAGUGUGCAGUUCUGAGCCGUGUGAACCAGGACAAGCCGCAGAACCUGUCCUCUCUGGUCGACACGGCAGCUCUCUCACACUUGGUCCUGCUCACGAUCCAAUCUCAUCCGUCCACUCUGGUCCACUCAUUGUCACCAGCACACCUACUCGUACCAGUCCACCAGUCUCACACGUCCCCCCUGGUUGCUGUUUCAUCCCUGUGUCCUCUCCACCUUCUCCCUCUCCACACUCUGUCUCCAAACGUCCUCCGGCUGGGCCUGGAGGCCUGGGUUCACCUGUUGGUUCUGACUCUGAAGCCAGCCGAGUGUUCUGGAGUAGGUGUAACGAAGCAGGCUGUACAGAGUCCAUCUUCAACACCUUCAUCUCUGACAUGGUCAGCAUCUCCAAUAGGAUCCUGUCGAAUAAGGCCAGUCAGGAGGGUGAGUGGCACGGUUGGGUGGUAUAAAAAAAAAAACUUGCCUCACCAAUGAAUCCCUGUUGGGAGCAUAUUAUCAGAAUUGCUGACUUUAUUUCUUGCCUUCUCUCGUUUUCAGAUUUUGAUCUCUCUCUGAGAGUGAUGGAGGCUUCUGGAAAAUUAUCACAGAUGCUCUCAGAGCAGGAGAGAGGUGAGAAU